AUGGAGGCCGAGAGCCGUAACCUUCUAUUGUUAUGCGGCUUCAACCGAAGAUUCGAUCCAACCAUCCGUUCCGUGUUUGACAGAGUACAAAACGAAGAUGUAGGUCAAGUUCAAGUGGUCAAGGUAACAAGUCGAGACUCUCCCAUGCCGUCCACAGAUUUCCUAAAAAUUUCUGGAGAGUACUUUCACGAUUGUGGCAUACAUGAUGUGGAUAUCAUCUGCUGGAUUAUGGGUGAAGUUCCUCAUACGGUCUUCUGUCUCGCCCAUGCCUUCCACUCUCACAUUGCAGAGAUGGACGAUGUGGAUACAGUUGGGGUAAUCAUGAAGUUUCCAAGUGGCGCUAUUGGUCAGAUUGAUCAAUCUCGUGAAGCUGUUUACGGCUACGAUCAUCGCAUUGAAGUUUUUGGAUCUGGUGGAAUGCUUACCAGCGACAACCAAAACACCUUGGCCUCAACCCAUUUUCAUUCCGAGGGAAGCUCCAAGCCUCCUAUCAAAUUUUCCUUCCCGCAACGACAUUCCCAAGCUUUCGAUUUAGAAAUGAAUCAUUUUAUCGAUGUGAUGUAUAACAAAGAGGUUUCAAAAGUCUCCAAACAGGAUGGGCUUCGCUCCUCUUACGUUAUUGAUGCCAUUGAAAAAUCGUUUAAAACAGGACAACCGGUAAAUUUGUAG